AUGACCAAGCAACUAUUCGGUUGGCAACCAGUCGAGGAGACUUCAUCACUCGAUGUAGCAAUGACGCCAGACACUAGUUUGGCAAAGCGACAAAAUAAACAACCUUUAGUCAACCUCCAACUGACUGGCCGAACCCAGGUGACAUGGAAUUUUGCACAAUACCCCUUGACAUUGCCAUGCAACAUGUGCUCUCUCCUUCUGUCUAGUCGGCCGGUCGACAUGUGUUGCCAGGCCGGCACAAUUAGCCCAAACGCCUAUGAGGAGCAUACUCGACACGAGGGCAGAGGGCAGGCAGACACAAGAAGCGCACUGCGAGUCAAUGGGGGUCACUGGGAGCAGAGAAAGGAGAGAGCAUCGUGA